UUAUAUUUUCUUUCAAAUUGGUUUAUUGGAGCAUAUAUCCUUAGCUAAGCCACGCUUGGCCGGCCAAGGGUCGGCUUCGAUGCAAAUGUUUGCAGGCGAAAUGCUAAAGCGAGCUGUUUUAGAUUAGGAUUGUGUUGCAUCCGGAGGUCAGGUCGACUUUUUGUGUCAAUAAUGGGGAAAAACAAAGAACAAGUUUCGAGUCUGCUGAAUGAGUCUACGGCAACAAAAAACAAUGCUAGCAAGACCGCGUGGGGAUGGAUGAGGUUCAAGCCGUCCUGGCUCCAAUGGCUCAACUCGCCAAAGUGGUUCCUCUUUUUCCUUUGCACGUUCAGCUUUUUACAAGGCAUGGGCGUGAAUACGUUGGUCAGCGUCGCCCUCCCGACCCUGGAGAAGCAGUUUUCUCUGACCAGCCAAAUGUCUGGUUUCAUCAUGUCAGCCAAUGACAUCACGGGUCUCAUCUUGGUGGUUUUCGUUAGCUUCUUUGGUAGUUACGGUCACAAGACCAAGUGGUUGGGUGGCGGUGCAAUAAUUACUGGCUUGUCAUGUCUACUCUUCACUCUGCCAAAGUUUAUCGCUGAGAAGCAUGACCCCACAGGAGCUCGUAGCGGGAUAAGCCCGUACUGCAUACCGAACGCCACGUUGCCAGACGACCCCCGUUGCCAUAAAGAUGCCAGUUCCUUCAACCUGUACUACUUCAUCUUCAUCCUGUCCCAACUUCUCUCGGGUGCUGCAACCACGCCCCUACACACCCUCGGCCCCGCCUGGCUGGACGAGAAUGUGCCCCCCACUCGUACGGCGACAUACCUGGCCAUUUUCUACAUGUCUGUCUUCCUUGGUCCUGGACUUGGGUCUCUGAUUGGUGGCAAGCUACUCACAGUGUAUGUGGAUGUUGAAAUGCCUCCCGGAUUGAACUUAACCCCUGCAAACCCUAACUGGAUCGGCGCCUGGUGGCUAGGUCCAUUCCACUGUUGCUUCCUCCUCAUCAUCUGCGGCGUCUUCCUUCUUGGUUUCCCCCGUCAUCUCCCUGGUGCUGAUAUCAAUCGGGAGAAUGCCAUCAAAAGCGGUCACCUUCGCAAACAGGACAACAAGUUAAAAGGAGGUAUCAAGGAUAUACUUCCCGCCACGAAAGCUCUACUCACAAACGGAACAUACCUUUUCCAGAACCUUGGGAGCACGGCUGGUACCAUGGUAGGGUUUGGUAUCGGCCCGUUUAUAUACAAGUUUCUGAGCGGCCGUUAUGGCGCCUCACCUUUCUACGCUGGUCUUGGUAUCGCUUUACUUCUCAUUCCAGGAGCGGCAGCGGGGCUCGGUCUUGGCACUCUGAUUGUGAACAAGCUCGGAGUCCGUCGCUCGUGUCGACGCGCUGCUAAGGUCACCUUCCUACUGCAGCUCGUAGGGAUCUGGGGCUCACUCAAUUUCCUCAUUCCCGGAUGUACAUACGCAAAGUUUGCGGGAGUCGAUGUCCCGUAUCAUAACAGCUCGUCGGUGAGUCAUUCAGACGGUAUACCUGUGCCCAGUUCGUGCAACAGUCACUGCUCCUGCUCCAAUACCCAGUUCAGACCGGUGUGCGGUCCAGCCGGCGUUAGCUACUUCUCGCCCUGUCAUGCCGGAUGCCCCCUGCAGCGAUCUCUCAAUCAACCGAGACAAAGCCAGAUGUUCACGAACUGUACUUGCGUGACACCGAUAAUCAACAACAACAGCAGCCCAGCUCCUCCAUACUCCUCUCAGUCCGCAAGUCCGGGCCUAUGUCCUCAGGAUUGUCCGACUUAUGCUCUGCUCAUUUUCUGUGUUUCCUGCUUUUUCGUGGUCAUCCUUGGAUUCUCAAACGCCAUCCCCAGCAAGAUCGUCUCACUCAGGUCUGUUCCUGAUAAUUUACGCGCAUACGGAUUAGGGAUACAAUUCGUGUUCAUGCGGACAAUAGGAGCACUGCCCGGUCCGGUCAUUAUCGGCACGAUAAUCGACCACACGUGCACCCUGUGGAAAACCAAGUGCGGCAAGCCGGCGAACUGCCUCAACUACGACUACAACAGACUUGGAUGGAUAAUCACCGUCUACGCCUUCCCACCACAAUGUCUUUGUCUAUUGUUCUACUUUCUCUCGUUCUACCUGAGCAAGGAUGUCGACCCAGAUGCCACUCUGUCCAAGUCCCACGCGGCCGAUGAGGUAUUGGAUGGCAAGAAGCCCAUAUUAGGGAAUGACGAAAACUCCAACCAGAUCCACGACCUUGACGAGGAAGGGCAUACCAUAGUGUGAUAGCAUCAACAACCAUGGCAGGAUAAUAUUCAUCUAAAAGAUUGCCCCAAUGGCUUUUCAUUUUACCCUGUUGUUCGCAGUAAGAUAUAGGGAAUUAAAAACACAAGUUACCAAGAACUCAUUGAUGAUAUCAAAUUAUUAUCAUGAAAAGUUUUAACAGCUUAGUUAUUUUUAAUUCUGUGUAUAUAUUUGUAAUUGCAAUUUUAUUAGCACAUGAUUUUUUACUUUUUCAAUGUAAUCAGACAUUCUCUCCGUGAAUUUUUUUCACCUUCAAAACAAGCUUUUCAGUGCAAUUUCAUAACAUGAAAGGAGAGAGAAACGCAUACAAAACGUGCGUAUUCGUAGCAUUUCAUGGUUGUUUUACAUAAUUCUACUCCCUUUAUGUACAUAAGCUAUUCAAUCUAUAUUAGGUAAAUUUUCCAUACCAUGUAUUAACCCUAAAUACCGUUAAUACUUGAGUACAAAAAGUUAUAUAAUGAUAAAAUAGCCACCUUAA